UGUGGGGGGUGUAUCAAAAGCAAAAUAUUUAAGGGUAUUACGUUUGAAUCUUUGUGAUGGAUUGAAAGAGUUGCCGAGCGGGAUAGGUGAAUUGGUGCAUCUAAGGUAUCUUGACCUUUCAAAUAAUAUGCUAUGUGUAUUGCCCUCAUCCAUUACCAAGCUUUAUAACUUGCAAACAUUAAAGUUGCGUGGGUGUAGGGUUCUAAAAAUAUUGCCAAGGGAGUUGAGGAAAUUAGUUAAUCUUAGGCACCUUGAUAUUUCUGGUUGCUCGAGUUUAACUUGUAUGCCUCCUGGGAUGAGUCAACUGCGUCAUUUGAAAGUCCUUGCAUUGAAAGGUUUGAGUGAAGUGGAGUAUAUGGAGAGUAGUAGUAUUAAUAGUGGAGAUGAUGAUGAGUUGGUAUUCUUUCCAUCCCUUGAAAACCUGAAGCUUAAAAACAUGCCAAAGUUGAAGGGAUGGUGGAAGUCAUCAUCGGAAUCAGAGGAGAGUGAGACACCGCAUGCACCAAAACUUUCUCGUCUUGAUAUAUAUGGAUGUCCAGAAUUGACAACAGUUCCUUUGUUUCCGGGACUACAAGAAUUGUACUUAGAAGAUUUUAAUGAAGCGCUGGGCCCAAUAAUGAGGGAGACUACUCAUGGUUUGUCGUCUUCCUCAGUUUCUAAUAAUAAUCAUAAAGAGGAUCAAGGGCGGCAGGGAAGAUUGAGGGAAGUGACGACAGAUAACGUGGGAUAUUUAACUUCUCUUCCCAUCCACUCUUUCCACGAUCUUUCGGAUCUCCGUAUUAGAUUUGACUGGAAAGUGGAGGAAUUGAAAACAGGAGAGGUGGGUGAGGUGUUCCGAAGCGGCCGCCUGUCCUCUCUUCGCUCCCUUGUUAUUCAUAAUUGCCAUAAUUUGAAGAGUAUAUCAGGACGAGGAGUGUGGGACCAAUUCACUGCCUUGGAGAGUCUAUUACUGAUUUAUCUUCCUGAGUUGGAAUUGGAGGAUGAAGAUGAUGUCAGCAACAACAAAAGCACAGAAGAAGGAUGCAUUAAUAAUAAUAAUGAAGGAAGUGACGCAGAGAUGCCAUGGAGAUACCUUGCUCCCACUCUCCGUUCCUUGUUUUUAGAGAGUCUACCAAAGGUGGUGAAGCUGCCAAGGGGGAUUGGAUGCUUAUCAUCUCUCCAUUCCCUGGAGAUUAAGGAUUGCGACAAUUUGGAAAGCCUAACACCAUUAAUUGGCGGCUUAUCAUCUCUCCAAUCCCUGACUAUUGAUUGUUGUUCAAAUUUGAAAAGAAUGCCAGAAGAGAUGCGCCACCUCACCUCGUUAACCAAGCUUCGUAUAAGGAGAUGUAGUCCAGUGUUAAUGAAGGACUGCGAGAACAAGAAUGGUGCUAACUGGUCCAAUAUCCAACAUAUCCCCAACAUAGAUUUAUUCUAAAAUCAGCGCCCGAAAGAAUUCGUUUACUCAAUGUUCUUUUAUAUAUAACUCAACUGGUCAAAGGAUUGUUGCUUAAAUUGCAAUCAAAGAGUAGCUUAAAUGAGAUGAGAGCAUAACAAGGGAAGGAUGAUUCUUGGAUUCCAGUCACUGGGAUCUCCAGUUUGUGAAAUUCGAUGCUGCUAGAUUUAGCACUACAGCUCUACCAUUGAUCCACUUAUCUAGUAUUUAUUUCACAUGGGCUGAAAGGUUUCAGAGCAGGGAAGGAGAAGGUAACUAUCUGCACUAUGAAGUAAUUGAGUUGAAGCUAUAUUUUACUGUUUCUGCAUUAUGCAGCGUGUGAAUUUUGUAUUCCCACAUUAAUUCAUAGUAAAAGGUAAUGGCCUUUAUGAUUGCCAAUUUAUAUCUGGCUAGUAAAUUUCUUGUUACUCAGUAGUAAACCUUGACAAAGUUUCUUGCAUCUAUUGUUCUUCCAUCAGUGCUAUAUAAAACAUCUUAGGCCUUGUCAUUUAGCUAUAAAUGUCAUUCUUUUAGAGCCCAUUUAUUGAAGUGUUAGGAAAACAAAUGAGUCUAGAGUAGUUUGUAGUUUGUUCCUGUUUCAUUUGUACUGUCCUUUUUAGUUCUGAAGUUGCAAUCUGUUAGGUAUUCAAAUUAAACAUUUCAAAAUUGAACCAUUUUAAAUUUUGUCAAGCUAUAUGUACUGGUAAAUUACGUAACAUGUUUAUUGUUUCUUCCUAUUGUGUAAGCACUAUGCGAUUGCAUACAGCUUGCUCUAAUAUAGGUGAAUCUGAGAAUUUAGGUUAGCUGAUUAAGAUUUCCUGAAGAAACGGCCACUUAAUAAUCAAGCUUCAGGGGAGUCGGCUUUUAAAAGGGGAAGAGUUGCUUGUAACACUAGAGGGCACAGCAUGAGCUAAGAUAAUUUCCUUUCAACCAUCAUUAAUCAAGGAUCCUUAAGAAAGAUUAUCUCUUGAAGUGUUUGACUUGAAGGAGACUCAAUAUAAUACUCCAGAUUCCAGAAGAUCGCCUCGUUCAAGUAUUAUCAGUUGUCAAUUAGAAGGGCUGUGAACUUAACAUUAAAAGUUCCGUGGUUCUCAUCUUGGUGUUUCGCGUGAUAUUUCCUGAUACCAGUUGGUACCAGAGAAAGGUUUUAACGUGAAGAGGACUUCAAUGCUGCUUUGAUGAACUGAUUAUCGGAAACUCCCCGUACAACCACUCUGAAGUUAGGCAGAUUUCCAAUGUCAGAAUAUCAACAUCUUUUCUUUUACUUAGCAAGUUGUGAAAGGUUCCUUGGGGAAAGAAUACAUUCGUUGGAUGCUCUGGUUCCAGAAAUCACAUGUGGCUACAAUGCUACAUACACCUGGGAAAUGGUUUAACAAGAGAAGGUGCUCUAUCAGAACAUGUGAUAUAUAUUGCAGCAGCUACAGGCUUUGUUGCUCUUACUAUAUUUGGAAGGCUACAAAUUACAUGAUUUCCUGUCAAAAAUAUCUUUUAUUGUACUCUAUAGAAGUAUAAGAAUAAAAGUCGACUAAACAAUGUUUUAGGGAAUAAACCCUACAGAGUUGUAGUAUUUAUAGAGGCGGCGUAAUUGGCUUAAGGGUAUUUGAGGAGAACCCUACCUAGUAGGUGGCUCUUUUUCCCUUGAGCUCUAGAGUUGUAAAAAUAUUUCUCUUCACCUGUUUUACUUUGCAAAUGAGUAGCCUAUGUUAUACA